CUCAGGAUGGUAUAAUGACUUAAUGAAUAGCUUCCCUGCGAUCCUCGCCUGAUCCCUGUAUUUUUAUAAUACACAUCUGUCCAGCUCUUAUCUGCUCUCCUUAAUAAUAUGGGUAAAUGUAGAGUUUGCCAGGACAAGUUGACCUUGCCUUACAUCCAAUGUGCAGAAUGCGCCCCCUUUUUCAACCUGUGUCUUUGUUGUUUUUCUACCGGCUCCAAGGCCGGCGCCCACCAACCCUGGCACCCUUACAAGCUCAUUCAUGCUAACCUUCCCGUUAUCAGUACUGAUUGGAGUGCUAUUGAAGAUAUCAAGAUGUUGAACUCUAUCGAGAGGUAUGGGCUAGACUGGGAGUUGAUAUCCAGUAUGUUGCCCAACAAGAGCGAAGAACAGUGUCAGCAUCACUUCUACAAGUAUUUCGUGAACGAGCCCAUCCAAAAAGCUCUGAUAAUCCCCCAAAACACCAAGCACAACACCAAGAAGGUAGCUGAAACAAGUGGGAGUAAAUUAACAGCUGUACUGGAAGGGUUACCCAGCAGUGCGGUGGAUCAGAAGCGCGGAGACUGGGACUGUAGGUAUGAUAACAGGGCUGAGGAGGACUUCAUGGCAGGGGAAGGGGGAGAUGAAACUGUUCGGAAACUUCAGAUGGGGAUUAUGGAGAAGUACAGACAAACUCUGCGGAAGAGGAAACUUCUGGAGAACUUGUACUACGAAUACGGGACUAUCUUGUUGGAAACACCCCGCCCUCUGAACCCGCACGACACCCCACCUCAAGUAAUGGAACUGGAUCCUCCGGGUACAUUUCCCCUUCAACCAAUGCUCAAAAUGGCCAGGUACCUCACCAAGCCCCGGUUUGAUGAUAUCAGAGACAAGUGUAAGAGAGUGGAUGAGUUGAAGAGAAGUAUUAAGGAGUUACAAACAAUCCGUAAGAACGGGAUAACCUCCAAAUUUGGGGCUGAAGUUUACAGGAAGAAGAGAGGUGAACGAGAGACGAAGUAUGGCUUUAAAGAUAAUCACACUAAAUGUGUCAGAGACGUUUAUUUCAACAAUAAUUUGUCCAUAAAUGCCAGGAAAAACAACGUGAAGAUGUGGCUACGGGCGGCUACCAAGACUGUUUGAAAAUUUGAUCAGUAAAAUUCGAUCGUUCAGAUGUUUCCAGUUUGGCACAAUCCCCUUCUCAGUCACAUUCCUGAAAUACCUUCAAAGUGAGCAAGUGUUGAUGGAGUUCCCGAGCUGUCAAAUAAGUUCACAAGUCGAAUGAGACCGACCAAAGGACACUGUAAUAGCACUAUUACGCGGCAAAUGGAGAACGUUGUGCGAGUCGCAAGUCAGGUUUACUUCAACUGGCAGCAUCAUUAGCACAUCUAACAAAAAUCCUUAUUCGCCUUAAUUAGCCUAUAUGUACUGCGAAAUGUAACAUUUUGUUGUGCACAGCUUUCUGUGUGUUGAACAGUUGUUUUUGAAUAUUCACAUACCGUUUAAUGGGCACGGUGAACAUUUUGAGUUAAUUUUGUAACUUCGAUGUAAAUUGCAUUCAGAAAUUCUGAUUAUUGUGACGUUUUCAGAUAACUACAAUAGAGUCGUUGUGGAUCGUGCUGUAGAUGCGAUUCAGCACUUUAGUUCUUGCGGAUAGAACUAGAUUAAUUAUAAAAAACAGCUUGUUAGAAUGCAAUACAUUUUAAAGAUUUGUCUGGAGAGGGUUUUGUUAACAAUUCUCAAUUUAUUGUAAAUUUGUUCAGCAUUGUGGUUUUCAUAA